AGUACCGCGUGAUUGGGGUAACAGCUUAUGCGGUGCCGCCGCCAGUGCGCCGUCCGAGACUCAUUUGGAAAGAGCCAGCGACGAAUCACAUAUUAACACUGAAAGGAAUGAUCUUCACCACCCCGCAAAAUACUUAAACAAUGCGGUGGCAGACUACAAUAUGGAUCAGUGCGGCGCUAGUGGUGACCUCUUCAGCUCUUCACCUCACCAUAGAACACGACCUUCUAAGUGAUCACUCGAGUACCAGCUCUCCUGGCCUACAGCAAUCCACAAGACACGAUACAGUUCACGUAGUCAGUCAAGAGCAACUUGCUAGAGCAUCAAACGAAAACCCUUCACUGAAUAUGCCAAAUGCACUUGACACAAAUGCCAAUGGACAUAGAGAAUCGAGAAGUAAUGAAAAUGGGGGAUCUGCCAAUGUUAAUCCCGACUCUGGUAAUAAUUCUGAGGGUAGCGGAGAUGGUAACCCAGAAGGCAACGGUAACGAAAACGAUGGCAACGGUAAUGGAAACGAUGGCAACGGCAACGGAAACGAUGGCAACGGUUCAGACGAUAACGCAUCAGGAAACAGCAAUGACCCCGAAACCGAUGAUAACGGAGGAAACGGGGGUAAUGGCAAUGGAUCUGACGACAACUCGGGCGAGAAUGAUGGUGAUGGUAAUGGCAAUGGCUCUGAUAACAACGGAGUAGGAGGAGCUGGCAAUGAAAAUGAUGACGACAACGAAGUUGGGGAUGAAGGCAACGAAGGCAUAGAGCAAGUAUACGAAGUGGAAACCACAUCGGGUCGAGUGCGUGGACACCAUUGGCGAGAAAACAAAAAUAUUAUUGGCUACAUUGAUAUAAAGUACGGAACCAUCAAUAAUCCUUUACAAGCCCCGGUAUUAGCAGACAGUUCGGAAACUAUUCAUGAUGAAAAAGAUCAUAACAAACGCUGUCCUCAGCUUCAGGGCGAUCAAUACGUCGGAAAUAUCGACUGUCUUACACUGAGUAUUUUUAGACCAUCUGAUGCUUCCAAUGCUGCUGUUCUGGUUCACAUCCAUGAAGGAAAUUUCAUCAAUGGAAGCGGAAACCCUGAAAUUUAUGGGCCAGAAUAUUUGGUUCCAAAGGGAAUAAUUCUGGUUUUACCAAAUUAUAGACUAGGACCACUUGGUUUUCUGUGUCUACAAAAUGAAACGGCUCCGGGAAAUGCAGCUUUGAAGGAUUUAUCUUUGGCUUUGAGAUGGCUAAAGCAAAACAUUGCAAAAUUUGGUGGAAAUCAUGAUAAUAUCGCAGUUAGUGGGGACGGGACAGCAGGCGCUCUCGCUGGCUAUUUAGCUUUGUCUCCAAUGUCUAGAAACAAUAUAAGUAAAGUUAUUACAGAGAGUGGCUCGGUUCUUUCAUACUGGGCAAUAGACAGGAACCCUAUUAAUUCUGCUACUAAUGUAGCUAGAAAUAUUAAUGGAUUUCAAACAUGGCAGAAUGUAGAUGCAGAACAACUAGUUAGAGCAGCAAGAGAUAUAGUCUUGAGACCAUGCUUGGAAAGAAACACGGACAACAUAUCACAUUUCAUGGAAUUCACACCCUCUGCGAUGUUAAGAAACCAAGAAAUUAAGAUAUCAUUCAUGAUCGGUUCAGCACAGUACGCAGGUGUACACGAAUUUUUAAAUCAUACGAGAGAUAGUAUACAUCAAUUUAAUGUAAACUCCAGUCUUAUGCUACCCAAGGACUUACACUUUAAAACAAGUGAAGAAAGAACUAGAGCAGGGAACCGGGUAAGGGCGGCAUAUUUUGGGGACACUGCUAUCGGCAUAUGCGAUGUCGAAAAUCUAACACUGUAUUUUACGGAUGCCGCGUAUCUUGGUCCUGGGAUACGCACAGCACGGCCGCUGGUAGACUCGGGAGCGACGGUAUACUUGUAUGAGUUUGCAUUUGUGGGUAGCCUGAACAGGGAGUUGGAAGCUAUUCAUAGGCCGUUGGACGGCGCCGUGAGGGGAGACAUAAUAGGGUAUUUGUUCACUCAAGAUGGAAAAGUACUAAGUGAAGGGUCGAAAGAAAUUGGAAUGAUUAACACACUGACUGAGUUGUGGACUACUUUCCUCAAGACUGGAACGCCUUCAGCCGGGAACAUCGAGUGGAAAAAGUUGGAGAAAGAGGUGGAGCCGGGGGAAGAGCAGUGGUUGUCGAUCGAGACAGAGCCAAGCUUGAAGAAGGGCUUUCACGUGGAGCGCCUCAACGUCUGGAGCGACAUCUACGACGCGCACUUCAUCGAGAAGAGUCGCGCCUGCGGGACCUCCGCCAGCGUCUACACCCUCAUCGUCUUACAGAUAGUCUUCUUCAUCACCUUCUUUAAACACGCUUGGCAUUUCUUCUAAACUAUUCACCGUAUCUUACGUUUAACAGUAGCUAGUCACUAGUAUAACAGCCAUGUACUUUAUCAAGAAUGUGAGUGGUAUAUUUGAAAUAAACUAUGAACACAA